CACCCUUCUACUACGAAAACAGAAGGGAAUCCAAUCCACCCCAAGAAAGCUACACAGCGAAACACGAUCCAACAAGUCAUAUUACAACAAGCCCAUCCUCUCAUUCAACCAUGGCAUCGGCAACGACGACGAGCUGCAGCAGUCGGAACAUUCGAUCCGUGGCUUCAUUUGCGGCCCUCCUCUUUGCACUUGCGUGCCUCGGCAACGGCUCUUACACCGCAGCCCAACCGAGCAACCCAUCCACUCCACCGUGCCGAUUUUUAGACGAUGCUCCCCCCCUCGAUGUCGAGAUCCCCUCCGUCCUCACGCACAAAAAGCUAUCGUUUCUGGGCGUCGCCGCGAAGGUCCACAGGAAGGCGACCGCUUCCGGAUCCAAACCGAGGCUCCGAUUCCUGCGGUAUUCGUCCACACCCACCGUGGACGUGACGCGCGGAGGGAUCUUGGUCUCUGCCGAGGGAAGUGGAUGCGACGUCUCGGUCGUCGACUCGAUUCUUUCCUCCUCGGCCCCAUCACGGUCCACUCCCCGUCGUCUCCUUGCCGCUUCGGCCGUUGCCGCGGGAUUUCUCUCCUCCCACAAGUUGGGGAUGCUAAUUGCCGUGCUGUGUUUGUCGUCGCCGUCAUUGGUCCCCGGGAGCGCCUUUGCGGAAGCGGCGUCCUCUUCGACAUGCACCCCGUCGAUGGAGAUUGUCCUGGAGGCCCCUCCCUACUACCUGGGGAGCGUCGAGGAGUGCCUCCGAUCGGUCUCCAAUCCGGACCACUGUCCGGAGCCCUUUCCCGAGUUUCCCAUUUGCGGAGCGGAUGAUAGGGAGCUUGCGGCUCCCGCCUGCAAGCUCGCUGUGGUCGGGGCCGGAACCGGUGGACUCUACACCGCGUAUCGCCUCGUUGAGGAAGGCGUCUUUGAGGGGAGCGACAUUUGCAUCUUCGAAGCCACCGAUCGGGUGGGAGGAAGAAUCUAUUCGCUGCGGGGCUUUGGCCCGGAAGGGGAUAUAUCGGUCGAUGCCGGUGCCUAUCGGACGUGGCCCGAUUAUACGGUAGGUUUUUCUCUGAUUUGAAUUGUUCUGAUUAUUUGUUCUGUAGCGUUAGGAAAUGCGUCGGAUCGCAUUGUGUACUUUGCAGCCUGAUUUGUCGAAACUGUUUGGGUGCAGUUGGAUAUUUUGUUGUAUUCACAACUCUACGCCAUGCGGUGGAUUCCCCUGUGUUCUCUUUGUGUUUAUUUGGACGGAAGGAACACUAAAUAGUUGCAGAAGAAACUCACCACUCCACUUCGAUUCCAAUCCAUCGACCUUUUUUGUUGUAUUGAAAUAUUUCAGCCUACCACUCAUGCCCUCAUCACCGAAGUGCUCGGAUUCGACGUCGAGUGCUACGACGAGGACGAUCCCUGCACCAAGUUCAACAUUGUCGGAGAAACCGGAGAGAAGAUCGGAUUUGCCUCCUUUGUCGAGGAGCUCAUGUCGCGGUUGAUCGAGAAGGGAGCAUGCUUUUUUCCCCGGCACAACCUGGUCUCGGUAGCCCACAACAACGACGAUGCGGAAACCGAUGGUUAUGCUUCCAACACCCUGACAUUUUCCAACGGCGUCAAGACGAGAGCUACCCACGGGACGAUUCUCAACGUCCCGCAGCGAGCACUGCUCGAAAUUCUCCGCGAGAGCAAGGACCUUUUUUCGUCGUCCUCCUCCUCGCCGUCGAGCAUUGCGUCGGGCACGAACCUCGACCGGAGCGCCAGGGAGGAAGAAAAGCGGACCUACGACUCGCUGCACUCGGUCCAGACCGAGAUCGUGACCAAGCUGUACCUGUACUACGAGGACGCAUGGUGGUACAAGCUGGGACUGACGCAGGGGGACUUUUCCCUCCCGGGGGACGCCCGUUCCAUGCUCCUAGAGGGCCGGUACCACGACGGUCACGUCAAGUGCGAAGCCACCGACGACGGCGACGAGAAGUGCUACGGCUUUCUCCUAGCCGUGUAUGCGCACGAUUUCUCGGGCACGAAGGCGCAGUACUUUCGUCGCUUCCAGCGGGACCGGCCAGAACCCGUAACGAUUCUUUCCGAUACCAACCCGGAGGAGGAGGACUUUCUCAGGCACGCCCACGAGCGCCUCGUUGACUAUCACGUGUACGGGGAGGACAACGCCCGUCUGCUGAACGCCUCGGCAUACUCCCCCUUUCAGUUCCGGAAAAUCAUCGAGUCGUCGCCGCCUCCGACCUUUGCCGUCCUAGCCAACUGGAACACGGCUGCCUUUGGGGCAGGCGGCGGUUGGCACCACUGGACCGAUACGGCCAAUGCCGAAAAAGCCAUGAAGCCCCUGAAUCCGCUCGGGAUCCACGUUGUUAACGAAGCCUUUUCCAAGAUCCAGGGCUGGGCCGAGGGCAGCUUGCUUCUGGCCGACGAGAUUUUGGAAGAGCACUAUGGCGUGGCUCGGCCCUGGAGUUUUGAGGUUCCCCAAUCGAUCUUUUACCUGGCCCAGACCUCCUCGGAGGAAUGCGUGGCGGGAGACGACGCAGGCAGCGGCCAGAGCGGGGGAUCCUCGUCGUCCGGUGGGGCCGGGCCCGUGGCCGGGGAGCUGGACCUAUGCUUCGCCGCGGGUUCGCUGGUAGAAAUGGCUAACGGUAACCUAGUCCCCAUUGAGGACGUGGAGGAAGGUGACUCCGUUGCCACCGGGGUCGGCGGGAAGAUAGGGCUGGUGACCGAGAAGCUGGUCCAUCCAGUGAGGAUGAAAGAGGCUAAGAAAACGGCCUGGGGCGCCCCCUAUCGCACACGCCGGUGGUCCGAUGUGGUAGUGGUUCCGACGGAGCACGGGGAUCUGGUAGGGACCCCCGAUCAUCCCGUUCUGCUCGGCAACAGUUCCGAAUGGAUGGAGCUGGGAGAUGCCCUGGAACGAAACCUUCUGGCCGUUGGGGCCAGGAGGGUGUCUCGGGACGUGGACAUCUUUUACAAUCUCGAAAUUGACGGCCACAAGGUAUAUAAAGAUGAUGGGAGACAAGCACAACAGAGCCCCCAUUCGUACGUCGUCAACGGGGUGGUGGCCUCUGGGCUCGGGGACAAUCCACUGCUCAAUCGUUUGUUCCCCCGCCAGCGUGUGUUUUUGGAAGAGCAAUCAAAGCACCACCACGACAUUGAUUUGAUAUCGGCGACAUCGAUCGUAGAUAAGACGUGAUGAAAUGCCAUGGUUGUUUGGAAAAAAAUUAAACGUCGGCGUAUUCUGUGACUCGCUAGGCCGCCCGCUGGUUUUACAAAGCACUAUAUUUCUGGAAUCAGCGGAUAAAUAUAAAACCUUCCU